GGCUUCCUUUCCUCUUUCUCUCUUUCUUUCCUUUACCACUGUCUCUUCUCCCUUCCCUUUUUUUUUAAAAAGCCACCACAUCCCUUCGUCCUCCAUCAUCUCGGCCAUCUCGAGCGCAACGUAGUAUAUAGAAAAAGAACACCAUGGCUUCCAAUAAAGGCGAUGAUAUCCAAAUGUCCUCCAGGGAUGAAAGCAGCCAGUCCUUCCUGCCCAAUCCCGCCACGGCUAGAGCAGAAAAGAACCAUCCUUUGCCACUCAUUGCUGCCGUAAUCGCCUUUUACUUUGUCAUCUCGCUCUCCGUUGUUUUCCUCAACAAAAUCAUCAUGAGUGGCUCCGAUUUCCCUUAUGCUCUCUUUGUGACUUGGUAUCAAAUGGUCGUCGCUCUUGUUUUGUUGCUCAUUUGGGCCCAUCUCGGCAAAACCAAUCGACUUUUCAGCAUCAUCCCACCUUAUGAGUUUGAUACGACUAUUGCAAAGCGCGUGGCACCUUUAACCUUUGUCUAUGUCAUGAUGCUUGCAUUGAACAACCUUUGCUUGAAAUAUGUCGAAGUCACCUUCUAUCAGGUUGCUCGCUCCUUGUCCAUCAACUUCACCAUUCUCUUCACCUACUUGAUUCUUGGCAAGACCACGUCGAUGCCCGCCAUCAUCGCCUGUGUCAUUGUGUUCCUCGGCUUUGCCAUCGGUUCAUACGGUGAAAUCAACUUUUCAUGGGCUGGUAUCUUUUAUGGUGUCGGUUCGUCCGCAUUUGUCGCGUUGUACGGUAUCUACGUGCAAAAGACGCUGGCCGUUGUCGAUAACAACCAAUGGAAACUUCUCCACUACAACACCACCCUCGCCAUCAUCUUUUUGUUCCCCUUGGUCCUCUUCUCUGGUGAAUUGUCGGAGAUCUUGACCGUUUCCGAGGCAAUUUACGAUACGGGCUUCUGGAUGCUGAUGACCUUGACUGGUGUCACAGGCUUCGGUAUUAACAUUGCCAUGUUCUUGCAAGUCAAGUACACUUCUGCCCUGACAAACACCAUUUGCGGCACUGCCAAGGCAUGCGUUCAAACCAUUCUUGCAGCCAUGAUCUUCAGAAACCCCAUCUCCGAUAUGAAUGGACUUGGUAUCUUGCUUGCCCUGUUUGGCUCGGGCUACUAUGGUUAUGUGCGAUACCAGGAACGACAGGCCAGAAACUAAAUUAAUCCCCACACACACACACACACACACAUAUUACUUCUUGUAUUUCAUACAUCACUUUUAAAAAAAAUAUUCUGUCAGUGUUCUUUCCGCACCCCGCCUCUCUCUCUCUCUCUCUCUCUCU